UUUGGUUCUUUCUCUAUUCAGCAAGCGGCAAAGUACUCUGGGAAAAGGCACUAAAACAUCAACAAUGUAGCGCUCACUCAAGUUACAGUGAGGGCAAUUCAGUCUAGGGAAGUUAUGAAUUCAACAAGCGAUGGGAAACGGAUUCAAUUCAAAACAAACUUCAUCGGAUUUCUGGGAGACUUACGGGAGGGAAGCAGCGGACGCCGAGGUUCUUAGGAGGCGGAGUGAUCUCGAUGACUUUGUAAGGAUGGAUUUGAUCUCCUCCUCUAUCUCGUUCUUUCUUUCUGCACACUACUUGGAGAGAUGACGGUGCCUGCGCGACGACAUAGUUUCCGACGUCAGGACGACGAUGCAUUGAGUAAGCAGAAUCGAGCGCCGGCGGGAAAAUACAAGACGCAGAGAGCAAUCUUGAGAAACGGUGAAAGGAAAUUGAGGGGAAACCUUCUGAUAGGCACUGAGAUGAUUCCACGACAACGCCAUUGCCAUUAUGUUCAACCUCUGAUUGUUUUGCCGCCGGAUUCCCCCCGUCGAUCUGUGGUUCUGCGGUCUCGCUUGACAGACGAAACGAAACUGUGUGGGGGACAGAGGGAGGAACAAUGAAGGCCAGAAAAAUUCUCGGAUAAUUUUCUGUUUCUUCUUUUCCUUCCCCUCUUUUGGACCAACCCAACGACUCCAAAAUGAGAAGAAAAAUCUUUUUUUUUUUCUACGACUCGGCAAACUUGCAG